AUGCCUCCGACUAAAGCCAGAGGGAACACUCUUCGACUGUGGACAAUGUGGUUUCGCAAACACGCUUGGCGCUACAUGCCCUUGGUGCAAGAACGCUCACGCGAAGCCAGUCCAGCCAGCGUCCUCCCCACGACGGAGACGCGUCAGCGCUCCUCCGUUGUUGAGCGAGGCGCAAAAAGAACAAUUGACACGACUGCGGGAGUUUCAUCCCGUCUGGUUGCCUCCCAGGUGUCGGGGAGUAUAGUCCGUCGAAGACAUCGCUAUGCCGCCGUGUAUUCGGCCACCGACAUCGUUGCUACGGCGGCCAAGGACCCUGACGCUCAUUCAUUCAUACACGAGCUUGCAAAUAUCCUCGGGAAAGGUGACCAGGCAAACGAUGCACGGCGCCCCUUAUUACUAGACUCAACGCCAGCCCCUUCAUUGGCAUCUGUUGACAUCGUCAGAAAACCUGCUAUCUCGCCGAUCGAAGCUCCGCUACCGCUUACAACGAAUGCGUUAUCGCAAAGGAUGUUACGACACAAACAACGAAUGGUGAUAAUGCGCCAGCGCUCCUCUCGGUCUCUGCGCAAACGCUCGAGUCAGUCAUUUUCGAAUGUGUCUGCUAGACGCUCCGAACACAACACUACGGUCAUCAUGCAAACUGCUAUUGUGCCAUCGACUGAGCCUGCCAAAACCACAAUAGCGUAUGUUCCCCUCGGACAUCCCCAGAGACCUCUCUAUACCGCCAUUCGCAAGAACAUGUCGCCUCCUGUGCCUGUUGACUUCGUACCCACUCUAGACUACACCUCGUUCAGUGCUGCGGUGCAAACUCGUGAGUCCAAAUCACUAGACAUCCCUCGCUCUACGACUCUUGGGCGCUCGUUCGGUCGGCACACACCUAUCCCUGCCUCCGAAUGGACCACUGGCUGCUCUUUGAGCGGGGAAACAGAGUUGCGGAUUACGCUUGCCCGCUGUCGAUCGGCAGACGAUGACAUAUCUGAUAGAUUUGUUUGCCCGAAGAAAGGGGGAGUGGUGAGAGAGAAGGUCAAGAGCCUGGGGAAAGGCCUGAAAGGCUUGUUCCUAGGGAAAGCAGGAUAA